CCACAAGAAACGAAAGAAAGACCAUUUCUUUUACCCUCUUUUUUCCUUUGCCCAUUGUCCAUCGUCAUUUUCACUCCGUUUUCUUUUAACCCGUCAUCGAGUUUUCGACGGAAGGGGGAGGAGAAAUUUUUCUCUCCGUUCGAUCCCCACGCGCGCGCGGGCGCGAACCGGACCGAAAUCACCCUUUGCCGGAAGAGUGGGGCAUCCGCAUUCCGCACAGGGGGAAGGAAAAAGAAAGGGGGGACUCGUAUCGCAUCAGACAUCUCGCGGUUUGUUCUUAUGUUCCCCAGCUAAUCGUUCUUGCCGUCUGACAUUCAUCUUUCCUGCCAAGAAAAAGGAUUAAAAACGCCCCUGCGAAAACAUAAGAACUGGGCAUAAAGGGACGGACAAUCUUGGGUUGGUGAGAUCUACCACGGGAGGGGGGGGUAAAGGUGAUGUUUUUUCCGUUGAGAAUCGAGAGGAGUAAAUAAUAGGAACGAGAUCUUUGGAAAGAGGGGGACUCUUUAUUCCGUCUUGUGAUUCUCGGGGCGGCUUUCUUGGUUAAGUGGGGAUUUGGAAUGUUCCAAGAUUGGGAAGAAGCGGGCAUCGGAGCGUGAAUUAGGGGGGAGGGUGGGCAGCGGAUGCGAUUCGAUGUGCUCGAAAUCUGGGACAUUUUCUUUCGUGUAGCGUGGUAAAAAUGCAAUUUUUAUCUUGACGGAGAAAACGUGUUUCCUUCGUGUUAGUGUGUGUGUGUGCGCUUCUGUUGAAAGUAAAAAGGGGAUUUUUGCUUUCCAUCUAUACCUUGUAAUCAAUUUCCGAAUCCAAAUAAAAUCAAAGGCGUGUUGAGCUGUUAUCAUCCCUUUCUUUCCAUAUCUCUCUGUACAUCACUCUCUCUCUCUAUUUCAAUGCCAUUUGAGGCGUCCUUUUGCAAGCUGUAAUCGAAUGUGUAGGCACUUUUGGACUCCAUCCCAUUUUUCUCCCUCGUAGUCCCUCUCUCUACAGCACCGCGGUUUCUCUCUCUAGAACGCUGUCUGUUCCUUCUUCUUCUUCUUCUUCUCAUUAGCCCCCGUAUCACUCAUCUCCCAAUGUCGCCAUGAUCUAGAGACGCCUUGCUCCGGUGCUCCUUCCACGCGUCCCUCUCCCUCUGCCUCUCCCUCUCUCUCUCUCUCUUCCUCUGAAGCAGUUGGUUUAUCUGAAUCCACACAAGCGCUCUCUUUCUCUCUCUCUCCCUUUCGCCGCGGCUGGUGUGUCUCUCCCCUACUAGGACAAGAAUGAGGCUAAAUUCCUAGCUCCUUUUGGCUUUUCCUCUUCUGGGACUCGGCUAAAUCUUGCGAAAAUUGGAAAAGCUCCAAUCUUUAUCCCGUGGAACCAAAUUGUACGAAGUGGGUGUUUUUUCUAGAUCAAGGUUGACGAAGACCAAGACCAAGAAUGGCGCCCUCGUUUGAUUGGUGGGCGAAAGGAGGCCACAAGGGCACCCCGGUCGUCGUCAAGAUGGAGAACCCCAACUGGUCCAUGGUCGAGCUCGAGUCGCCGUCCGAGGAGGACUUCCUCAUCGGCGGCGACUCCGCGCCGUCGGGGCGGGUCCGCGACAAGGGCCGGAACAAGAACGCCAAGCAGCUCACUUGGGUCCUCCUCCUCAAGGCCCACAAAGCCGCCGGCUGCCUCACCUCCAUUGCCGGCGCGGCGUUCACUCUCGCCUCCGCGGUGCGGCGCCGCGUCGCCUCCGGAAGGACUGACGCUGAUGCCGACGAAGCCGAGACCGGCGAAUCUCGCAGCGGCAGAGAGAAGGAGAACCCCACUGUGAAGUCCAGGAUCUAUGCGUGUAUAAAAGCGUUUCUUUGGUUGUCGAUUUUGUUGCUAGGAUUUGAGGUUGCUGCAUACUUUAAGGGUUGGCAUUUCGGAGCUCCCGAAUUGCAAUACUUGUUAGCUGCACCUUUAGGGGUUAAGGGUGCCUUCAAUUCCUUGUAUUCGAGGUGGGUUUUGAUUCGGGUGGAGUAUCUCGCUCCGCCGUUGCAGUUCUUGGCCAAUGUGUGCAUUGUGCUGUUCCUUAUCCAGAGCAUAGAUAGGCUCGUUCUGUGCCUGGGGUGUUUCUGGAUAAAGUUCAAGAAGAUCAAGCCAGUACCCAAAGAGAGCGGAGCUGCGGUUGAUCCUGAAUCAGGCGAGAACGGGUUCUUCCCCAUGGUUCUUGUUCAAAUUCCCAUGUGCAACGAGAAGGAGGUGUAUCAACAAUCAAUAGCUGCUGUAUGUAAUUUGGAUUGGCCGAAAUCAAGCUUGCUAAUUCAAGUUCUUGACGAUUCGGACGAUCCGACGACGCAAUCCUUGAUUAAAGGGGAGGUGCAAAAAUGGCAGCAGGAAGGAGCCAACAUUCUGUACAGGCAUAGGGUAAUUAGAGAUGGGUAUAAAGCUGGUAACCUCAAGUCUGCUAUGAACUGUAGCUAUGUAAAGGAUUAUGAGUUUGUGGCCAUUUUUGAUGCUGACUUUCAGCCCACUCCUGACUUUUUGAAGAGGACAGUUCCUCACUUCAAGGAUAAUGAAGAGCUGGGACUAGUUCAGGCAAGAUGGUCCUUUGUCAACAAGGAUGAAAACUUGCUUACACGGUUACAGAACGUUAAUUUGUCUUUCCAUUUUGAGGUGGAGCAGCAAGUAAAUGGUAUCUUCAUCAAUUUUUUUGGGUUCAAUGGGACUGCUGGUGUUUGGAGGAUAAAGGCCCUAGAGGAUGCUGGUGGUUGGUUGGAGAGAACCACGGUGGAAGACAUGGAUAUUGCUGUCCGCGCUCACCUUCGAGGCUGGAAAUUUGUUUUCCUGAAUGAUGUUGAGUGCCAGUGUGAGUUGCCAGAAUCAUACGAAGCUUACAGGAAGCAACAACACAGAUGGCAUUCUGGCCCAAUGCAGUUGUUUCGGCUGUGCUUGCUCGACAUUAUCCGAUCCAAGAUCAGCGUAUGGAAGAAGUUUAAUAUGAUCUUUCUGUUUUUUCUGCUCCGAAAACUCAUAUUGCCCUUUUACUCCUUCACCCUCUUCUGUAUCAUCCUUCCUAUGACUAUGUUUGUUCCCGAGGCCGAGCUACCUGCUUGGGUCGUAUGCUACAUUCCAGCCACCAUGUCCUUUCUCAACAUUCUUCCGGCUCCGAAAUCCUUUCCGUUCAUAGUCCCUUACCUCCUCUUUGAGAACACCAUGUCCGUCACUAAGUUCAAUGCGAUGAUAUCUGGACUGUUUCAGCUAGGAAGCGCAUAUGAGUGGGUGGUGACCAAAAAAUCUGGCCGGUCUUCUGAGGGUGACCUUGUGGCCUUAAUUGAUAAGGAGCCAAAGCACCAAAGAGGGGUUUCAGUUCCUGAUCUUGAGGAAAUGAAAGAGGAAAUCCAAAAGCAGGAGAAAUUAGCUUCUCGGAAGAAGAAACAUAAUAGGAUUUAUGUGAAGGAGCUUUCUUUGGCAUUUCUUCUUCUCACGGCAUCAGCAAGGAGUUUAUUGUCGGCUCAGGGCAUACAUUUCUACUUUUUGCUGUUUCAGGGGAUUUCUUUCUUGCUGGUGGGUCUGGACUUGAUCGGCGAGCAGGUUGAGUAAGUCGGGCUCUCGAGUUGAUAACUCGGGUAAUAUUUUGCGAAUGUAGAAGCCAGAGAAUGGGUGGCAGUGCACGCAAAUAAUACUGUAUGCGAGCAGAGGAAUCUUUAGAAGUUGUAGAGGAAUGGGGUGGUGCAUUUCUUGUCUUUAGGUUCCACCCUCUGUAUAAACCUAGGUGCAGUUCCCACCCAAAUACAAAAAAAAGAAUGAACCUUAAAGUGGACAGAAACAGGAAUUGCCAUCUUGGAGAGACGAUCGCAUUAGUAAGGGGGAUGCUUUGUACUGUCCUGAUGCUUUUAGUCUGCAUUCUCUAUUUUUUUUUUCUUUUGAAUUCUUUUGUUUUUGAGUCAAUUCUUUUGUAAGAAAUACUCCCUUGUUCAAAGCAUUCAGGAAGUGAUUCCGGUUACAGUUGAAGCAGAUCACUUCUUCUUGCAGUGCAGAUUACCUUGGUGGCC